AUGGCGUGGUCGGGGGAGGAGGAGGAGGAGCAGGGGCCGCUAACGCGGGAGGAGGAAAGGAGGAGGAAGGUCCAAGAGAGCAAGAACACUAAGAAGAAGAAGAAGACAACGAGAGAGAACAGGCACAGGUACCUUGGCUUCAAUGAGCGUCUAGAAGCGGUACAAGUAGACGUUCUGAGGAGGACUGGGCGAGAUGAGGGGAGGUCGACGGCGAGCUUGCUGGACGAGGAGCUGAGGGAGGAAAACGGGAGCCACUUCGAACAACAGAUCGGGAAGUGGGGAGAGCUGAACCUCACAGACGACUUCACUGUCUUCCUGAACCAGGUGACGCCGCUGGUCGGUUCCCUCCCCCUCCUGCUGCACAACAAGAAUGGUGUGGUGGAAGCGAUCGUCCGCCAUCUCUCGAAGGAGGAGAGCAAGGCCAUCAAACCUCUCUGUGCAUGUCUCUCUGCCUUGGCACGGGAUCUUCGCCAUGAGAUGUAUCCCUUCUUCAAGCAAUCAGUCGUCCCCUGCCUUGUUGGCCUGCUGCAGACUACGGACGCGGAACAGCUGGAAGACGUUUUCUCGUGCUUUGCCUAUCUCUUCAAGUUCUUGUUGAGAUACGUCGUUGAUGACUUUUUCGACCUGUUCGACUCUCUCUUCCCCGUGCUCAGCAACCGCUUCUGGUACAUCAGGAGGUUCUCCUCGGAAGUGAUAUCCUUCUUGCUGCGAAAGAUGCCCACUGAUAGACUAGAGAUGAACUUGACUCACAUGUUCCAGAGAGCAAGUACGUUUGUAGCAGACUUCGCUUCUAACAGCACGCGGUCCAACAAACUCAACUCAGAGCAGGUAUCUGAGCUCAUCAUUGACAAGUACUUUGCGCGCGUCUGUGAGCACUGCAGGCUGGAGCAGUCGGAGCCUCUUUGGACUGUGCUGAAGGAGCUUGUGGAGGAGGGAGCAGAAACAGGAGCAGGAGGCAGCUCUUUGCUGCUCCAGCACGCUCUAAGGUACUCAGCCAUCGCCGUCGCUCAUCGAGGAGGAGCUCGACUCGCUCAUCCUCGGCUCAUGUUCUCCUCUCUCCUCCUGUCGCUCCGCCUGCCCUCCGUCCUCGAUGGCUCCGACCCGGCGCUGACAGAGAGUGUUCUCCUCCUCGCCUCCUCCCUCCUCUGCCAUGCAGCGGAGGAGGACGUGGAGGAGCACGCGGAAGGAUGGUCGAAGAUCUUCGAGCUGCCUGACAAGGAGAAGCUUCUGGCUCUCUGCUCGCGCGUCUGCUCCAGCAGCCCCUGCCCUCCUCUGCUCUCCUCCCUGCAGAGGUUCUGCAACAGGCUAGCGAGCGAGGAUGUGCGCAUGGCAAUGCUGGCGCAUGAAAUCGCAGCCAGCAGCGUCGCUUCUCCCUCCUCCUUUCGAGCUGGGGACGAGCUGUACAGCCGCUGUCUGAAGGAGCUCGAGACGUUCGCUGCAGGGAAGGAGGAGAGGAAGAGCUCAGCGGUAGAUGAGGAGGAGGAGCGUGCAGACGCUGAAAAGGUGGCGGACAGGCUUGGUAGGACAAGGCAACCUGUAAGGAAGGGCAAGGGGAAGGAGGAGGAAGAGGAGGAAGAGGAGGAGGGAUACACGGAGAAAGUUGUAAGAGCUCUCCUCUCCUCGUCGCAGCAUGUCGACGACGAUGCUCUCCUCCUCGUCGAGGUUCUCAGUACCGUCUCCUCCCUCCAUGGCAGCUGCGGCUCAGCCAGCGCAACCAGCAAGGACGGGAAGAAGAAGAAGGCGAGGAUCUCCUCACAUGGGAGCAAGGAGGAGGAGCGAGAGGAGGAGUCAAGGGAGAUGGAGGAGCUGAUUGACAGCAUCGUCCUCCUCCUGUUUCAGCUUCAUCCUCACAAAUCAGUCGUUGUUCAGCAGCUCCUUGAGUACUGUCAGUGGAGCACGACGAGCUUGCGUCUUUCCACCAUCCGCCUCCUCGAAUCUCUCCUCUCCUCCUCCUCUGCCGAGCUGGACCACUCAGUCGAUCCCUUCACUGUCAACCCCGACCGGGCACUCCUGGACCUCAUGAGGAGGGUUGAGGAGGCGCCGAUGGACGCGGCGAGCGGGAGGAUCAGGGUACUGAAGCUGCAGCAACUUAGCUCGGCCAUCGAGUACAACAAGAUCUCCAGCAAGUUCUUUCCUCUCGUCUUUCCCUUCCUCAUCGGCCAGUUCAAGUGCAGGUUCACCCUCCCUUGGCCGAGCGUCAGGGACUGCAUGGCCAAGUACGCGAGGGUCAGGACUGACGACUUCUGGCGCAAGCUUCUCGUCCACCUCUCUCUUGCAGCGCAGGAGCCGACAUGCUCGAGCCUGGAGGCCGCAGACCUCAUUCUUCCUCCCUCUGAGCAGCAGCAGCAGGAGCGCGCGAGGGAGAGGGAGGAAGAGCGGAGGAAGGACAAGAAGAAGGAGAGGCCGAGCCCGGAGGUCGCCCUUGUAGCUCUGCCGCUGCUGGGGGAGGAGGACAGGGCCGAGAACUUGAUGAACGGGAGGAGGAGGAGCCACAGGUUUUCUGGUACUCCAGCAGUCGAGCUGAUAGUCCAGCUGCUGCAGUCAGCCAGCGUAGAGCAAAAGCUGUUUGACAGGAGGGCAGAGGGACUAGUCAAACAGUUCCUUCGCUUCCUCUGCUUCCAGUAUGACCCGCUCUUUGCGGAGGACCAGGAGGCCCUGGAAGAGGAAGACAAGAAGAAGCUGCUGGAGACGGGGAAGGCGGAGGGGCGAGCGGGCAAGGGCAUGCAGAAGACGAAGAAGAAGGCUAAGGGGAUGAAGCAGCAAGAGAAGGAGCAGGAGCAGGAGACAAAGGAGGAGGAGGAGGAGGAAGGGGCAGGUACCCUCCUACGGUACGGGAGGAUGGAUGCAAAUCGUAUCUUAGUGGCGUACUUGGAGAUUCUCUCUUCCCAGCAGGGGGCCACCAGGUUCGAGCUGGGAAAGACCCUCCACCGCAUCUUCUACAACCUCCUGCCGAAGGCGCAUAACCGAAUCCAGCAGCUCGCACUAGCUGGGCUGCUGCUGGGGGGGUCCGGUAGUCUGGUGCCUUACAGGGCUCAGCUGGAAAAUUUGAUCGACGACGAGAAAUAUCGUGAUGAGCUCGUGUCGUUCCAGUUAGCAAAGUUUCUCUUUACCAUGCCGGAAAUUCUUCAGUCGAUCUUCGCUUGCCUCUCUGCUACCAACGCUUCCUCCUCAGUCCGCAAGGUAGUUCUCGCCAUCCCUCAGUCCCUCUUCGAGCUCGGCAUGCAUGAGCCGAUGAAGCCGCACAUGGAGCAGCUGAUCGACCAUAUCCACCUGCAUCUGGACUCCUUCAUCAACAAGGGGGGUCUCAGGUCAGCAGGGGAUCAGCUGGAGCAGUUCAAACUCAUCGGGCUCCUCCGUCAGCAAUUCUCCCUCCUCUGGCAGCUCUCCGAGCUUGUCUCCAGCUCAGUGCAAGCCAAGAAGCUGCUGGACGUCCUCGUCUACUUCCUGUCAGCUGGAAAGAAGUUCGGAGGCGUCGGGUCAAGCGAGGAGAGCCGAAGGCUCGUCCUCUUAACCUCCGCCAACCUCCUCAAGAAGGUCGACGACUCCUCCCCCUACGCGGCUCCUGCUGCCCUGCAGCUGCUGCCCAGGGGUCAGCCCGAGACUCGCCGAGCAGUGUGCGAGCUGAUCGAGGGGGUUGGGCGGCCGCUGGAGGAGACGAGGGGGCUGGUGAGGGACAUGAACGCCUGGAGCACGACUAGGCUGGAGGAGAUCGACUUCGACCUGCGACUGCAGGCGUACACGCGCGCGAGCAAGCAGGUACAAGAGGAGGACGAGGAGGAGGAGGAGGACGAGGACGAGGACGAGGACGAGGACAAGGACAAGGACGAGGACGAGGACGAGGAUAAGGACGAGUUUCUCCUUCAGCUGGACGCGAACAACCUGCGGGUGCUGGCUGCCCAAAGUCUCCACGACAUGCAGGAGACAGACAUUGCGAUCAGAAAUCACGCGAUGGCGCUGCUGGAGCAGCUGUUCCUUGCUGUCAAGAGAAGGACGAGCGAGCUAGCUGCAGCAGCGUUGGAGGAGGACGAAGUGUGGAAGGUCUACAUAGAGCUGGUUGCUACAUCCCUCAGGAGAAGCCUGAUGGAUAAGAAGAGGGAGAUCAGACAAGAUGCGUUCAAACUCAUCAUGUCAGCAGCCUCCGUCUUCGACGAGUUCCACCGCGACCUCCUCCUCCUCACCCACGUCGACGUGGAGCAAGAUGUCAGCAAGAACUUGCUGCACAUUCAGUUCCAUCGCAGGAUCAAGGCCAUGCAACGGCUCAAGACGAUCAUAGCAGGAGGAGGGAUACAACAUUCCUCUCUCCGCCACAUCCUCUGGCCUCUGAUCUGGUACGCGAUCAUCGACCCGCAGGAGAAGGAGAGGAUGAAAGCUACGGAGGGAGCAUACAACCUCUCGGAGGAAGCGGUGAGGACAGCAGGAGCUCUGUGCUCGCAGCUGCAAUGGAGGGAGUACCGCGUGCUGCUGUGGUCGGCAAUGCGGGAGCUAACGAUGGGCAGGGAGUACGAGAAGGAAAUCAUCAAGCUUGUUUGCUGCAUCCUCGAACAUUUCCACUUCGAAAUCUCCUCCUCCUCCUCCUCCUCCUCGUCCAUGGUUGUUGAUGGAGCGGAGGGGUCGAAGGGGGAGGUGGCGAAUGAAGAGACGAAGGAGGAGGACAAGGAAGGGAAGGAAGCGGAGGAGGAGGAGGAGGAGGAGGAGAAGCAAGUUCUAGUGCCUACCGGAGAGCAGGAGGACAUUCAGGGUCACGUCGUGGAGAAAAUCCUUCCAUUCCUCCUCAAACACAUGACGGAGAAGGUCUCGACGCUGGGGAGGGAAGAGAAGAGGGUUCAGCAGGGGAGACUGAGGGGUCAGAUAGCGCUUGCAGUGGUCAGGACGCUGAAGCUCCUUCCUGAACAAAUGCUUCGCUCCCGUCUCCUCCUCGUCGUCGGCGUCGUGUGCAACGCCCUCCGGUCGAGGGAGCAGGGGGACAGAGACAAUGCAAGGAAGACGCUGGCAGAAAUAGUCCGGUGCCUGGGCCCCUUCUACCUCAACUUCGUCCUCACAGAGGUCAAGCAUGCUCUUCCUCUGGGUUACCAGCGGCAUGUUUGCGGCUACACCAUCUACUCUCUUCUUGAGUCCCUUGAGAGCAUCUUAGCUGGGGAGCACCUGGUCCCCAGCAUGCCUCUGAUCCUCGAGGUGUACACGAGGGAGCUUGUGGGAGAGCUGGCAGAGGAGAAGGAAGUGGACAAGAUCGCGCAGAAGCUGCGAGAGGCGAAGAGCACGAGAGCUUUCGAUGCCGUCGAGCUGAUCGGGCGAUGCCUGAGCUUCGAGCUGGUGGAGACAACCGUCCUCCUGCCCGAGCACGAGUACGCACUGAGGAAGACGAUCCUGGACGCGGGAAGCCUCAAAGUCAGGAGGAAGAUGGAGGAGUUGUUGAGGAGACUGGGGAUGGGACUGGCGGCCAACCCGUCGGUCAGCGACGCCAAGAUGCUGAUAUGGGUGCACCAGUACGUCGAUCGGUACCUGCCGUCCUGUCUGCCUCCUGCCAAGGGAGCAGGGAAGGAGAAGAAGGAGGGCAAGAAAGGGAAGGAGGAGGUGGGAACGGGAGGAGGAGCUGUUGGGGAGGCAGGGCAGAAGAGGUCGAAGCUGCUGGAGAAACGGCCAGAACCUGCUGAGAAACUUCCCCCGCUCGGCCCAGCGUGGGAGAGGAAGUGCAGGACGCGGGAGGGAGUGAGCAUGAUGGAGGGAGGAGGAGGAAGGGGAGCAAGAGCGGGAGCGGGAGCGGGAGGGGCAGACGCUGUGAACAGGAACGAGUACCUCCUGGUGGAGCUAGCGCUGACCCUCCUGCAUGUCCGGCUGAAGAGGGAGAGCGUGGACUUGAAGAGCAAGGAGACGCUGCAGAUGCUGGACCCCUUCGUUCCCAUCCUCACCCGCCUCAUGCUCAGCAAGCACGACAGCAUCGUCGUGCUCUCCCUCCGCUGCUUCACCCUCGUCCUCCCCGCCGGCCUCCCCGCAGUCCAGGAGGAGCUGCCAUGGGCUCUCAGGAACAUCUUCUGGCUGAUGGAGCGAGGAGGAGGCACAGGGUCGCUGACGAUGCAAGCAUGCUUCCGAGCCGUCACCGUCCUCCUGCGGGAGGCGAAGAAGAAGAUCAGCAUGAGCCAGCAGCAGCUCCGCGUCCUCCUCUCCUUCGCACGUCAGGACCUGCAGGAAGCAGAGAGGCAGGGGGUAGCGUUCGCCCUGCUCCGCGCUAUCAUCGAGAAGAAGCUAGUGUGCGAGGAGGUGUACGACAUCAUCUCGUCAGUGUCAGAGCAGCUCGUCACCUCCCAGUCAGAUCAGACCCGCGCUCUGUGCUCGCAGACUCUCCUCCUGUUCCUCCUCGACUACCCGCUAGGUGCCAAGAGGCUUCACCAGCACAUGUGCUUCCUCAUCCGCAACCUGGAGUACGAGUACGAGACAGGGCGGCAGGCCGUCCUCCUCCUCCUCCACCACCUCGUCGAGCGCUUCCCGCAGGAGCUAGUGGAUCAGUUCCUUGACCUCCUCCUCCUCCCGCUCGUCGCCAGGAUCGUCAACGACGAGUCGAACAAGUGCAAGGAACAAGUCGCUUCCUUGCUCAAGGCUCUGAUCUCGCGCGCCAACAAGAAGCAAAUCGACCAUAUCCUCGACUUCCUCCUUACCUGGUCCAAGGGGGAGGAGACGCUCCUACGCAGAGCUGCCGCGCAGGUGCUGGGGAUCCUGGUGGAGCAGCAGGGGGCAGCAGCGGAGCGAUACGUCGACUUGCUCUUUCCCCUGCUGGAGGAGGCAGGGGAGGAGGGGAGGACGAGGAAAGGCGAGUGGGAGACAGUUUACUUUCUGCUGUCCUCAGCGGAGAAGUUGCAAGCAGGAGUACCUAGGAUCCAGGAGAGGAAGGGGUACAAAGCUUCCUUCUCCCUCCUCCUCCACGCCGACCUCCUCCGUCACCCCCACCCUUGGGUGCAGACGGCAGCUGCUCGGCUGCUGGGCAGGGUGCUGGGCACGAUUGACCCCAAGGCGGAGGGGAGGAAAGAGCUUGUCUCCCUCCUCCAGAAGUGCGGGGGAGCGUUCGAGGUCGCGCGAUCUUUGUGCUCGCAGGUAGCUGGGGAGAUGUUCGAGGAGAAGCUGGCGGAGCAGAUGCUGAAGAACCUGGUACACUUGACUGCCGCCAUGCACGCGAACAAAGAGAUGGUUGGGGAGGAGGUGGAGAUGGAGGACGAAGCGGGCUCUGCGAGCGAGGAGGAAGAGGAGGAGGAGAAAGAGAGUGGGAAGGCUGGCAGGAUGAACGGGGUCGAUCAUGAAGAGGAGGAGGGGAAUGGCACGGUCCCUGUGCAGAAAAAGGCGGAGGAGCAGGAGGAGGAGGAGGAGGUCAAAGAGGAAGAAGCUCCAAGAGCUGUUCGCUGGAUUUUCGUGAGACUUUCUAACAUCGGCAGAAGAUACAAUGGACAGAGAAGAGACUUCGUUUUCAAGUUCUUCGCUGCCAUGGGCAUCAGGUUGGGCAAGUCAAAACUUCUUCCCCUCCUCCCUCACGUCGUCGCUCCUCUCUACCGAGCGCUCGAGACGGAUACUGAGAGCAGCAAGGAGGAAGGAAGGAAGGAGCUGGCGCAGGAGGUCUGCGAGCUGCUGCAGGGGGUGGUGGGGCACGAGAAGUUCUACUCGUCCUACAACCAGUGCAGGAGCAGGCAGAAGCAGAAGAAAGACAAGAGGAGAGCAGAGCGAGCCAUGGCAAAGCUGCUCGACCCUGCUGGGAAGAGGGCAAAGGCGAGACAAGAGUGA